GGGUGCAGUGGAGGAUGAAUGCCACUACAUUAUGCUCCCAAGUCGCUCGCCUUGGGUCAGCCCCUCCCACUCACCCACCCACUUGUUUGCCACGGGCACUAGAUGAUGGUGAGGAGUAUAAGGAAGAUGGGGCUCCUCUGCCCUCCAAAAGUUGUGCUGCAAAUUAGUAUCAAGAAUGAAGAUGCGGGGUUUGAGGAGCUCAAGCAGCCUACUAGUGGCGGCAGCAGCACUGCUGCUCUUCUCCUGCUUCUUGGCCACUGGGGACGCCGCCAAUAAUGGCGGCGGCCUUAGGCUGGGUUACUACUCGGCGAGCUGCCCGCGCGCGGAGGACAUCGUGAAGGAGCAGGUGGCGCAGCUGUACGACAAGCACGGCAACACGGCGGUGUCGUGGCUGCGUGCCCUGUUCCACGACUGCAUGGUCGGGUCCUGCGACGCGUCGCUGCUGCUGGACACGAGCGCCGCCGCGGGCAUCUCCGAGAAGUCCGCCCCGCGGAGCUUCGGCAUGCGCAACUUCAAGUACGUCGACGCCAUCAAGGCGGCGCUGGAGCGGGAGUGCCCCGGCACCGUCUCCUGCGCCGACGUGCUCGCCCUGGCCGCGCGCGACGGCGCCGCCGCGCUGGGCGGGCCCCGCGUCGCCAUGCGCACGGGCCGCCGGGACAGCCGGGCGAGCCGCUACGCCGAGGUGGGGCGCGACAUCCCCAACCACAACGACAGCGUGUCGGCGGUGCUCUCCCGGUUCGCGGCCUUGGGCGUCGACGCCGAGGGCGCGGUGGCGCUGCUGGGCGCGCACUCCGUCGGCCGCGUGCACUGCUUCAACCUGGUGGGGCGGCUGUACCCGUCGGUGGACGCCGGCAUGGACCCGGCGUACGGCGCCUACCUCCGUGGGCGGUGCCCGACGGCGGACGCCAAGGAGGACACGCGCGACGUCGCGUACGCGCGCAACGACCGCGCCACGCCCAUGGUGCUCGACAACAUGUACCACAAGAACCUGCUGGCGCGCAGGGGCCUCCUCCUCGUCGACCAGCGGCUCGCCGACGACCCCCGCACCGCGCCCUUCGUCGCCAGGAUGGCCGCCGACAACGCCUACUUCCACGACCGCUUCGCCGCCGCGCUGCUUACCAUGUCGGAGAACAACCCGCUCGCCGCCGACGAGGGGGAGGUCAGGCGCGACUGCAGGUUCGUCAACUCGGCAUGAUGAUCGAAGACGACUACAGGACUUGCCGUGCUCGAUCCAUAUGCGGUGUAUGGUCAGGACGAAAAUGCUAGCUUAUACUAUUCAGCACGAAAAAUCAAGGCACCUCCAUCUUAACUUAUCUGUGCAAUACAUAAAAAAAAUGCAAUUCCACAAUAAUUUAUACUCCA